AUGCCCAUGAACGUCGAGAGUCAUCCCUUGGGCUGGGCUAUGAGCUCGGAGCUUCUUCCAGGCACUGUGGUGGGUCAGGGGCGCUACGUCCUGGCAGAGAAGCUUUGCGAAGUUUGCCGCCUCCCACCGCGCACGCGUGCUUCUGAGCAUCUUGCACUGCCUGAGCCAAGCCAUAGGCUGCUGCUCGAUGAUGGACAAGGGCAGGGUCAAGUGGUGCCUUACGAGGGUCUUGCGGCGGCGAUCGCCAGUGACCUUCCGAAUGUCGCACUUUCUCGCUUGGCCUUUCUGCCGGCUGUCCACGAAUAUGCGGUAUCUCAUUUACAACGUCACCAUCUCUAUGAUGUGACCAAUUUCCGCUACAACUUCGGCCCCCGCCUUGGACGAGGCUCCUUUGGUGAGGCCUGGCGGGCCGUCACACUGGACGGCUCCAUGAAGGAAGUGGUCCUUAAGCGGCUCUUCGUUGAGAAGGGUGAGCACGUGCGCAGGAGUGGCGAGAGGGAGAUCCAUUUCGGUUCGAUCUUGCAGCACCGGCACCACAUCGCGAGGUUUUUGGAGUCGUUUGAAGAGAUUGGCAUGGUUGAGGAGGGGAAGAAACAGGUAGAACUGUGGCUUGUUUUUGAGAACGAAGGCUUCUCUUUGACCCACUUCCUUUUCAAGACGCAGCCGGGCUCACAGGUGGUGGAGCGAUCCACAUUCUGGUGGCUAGUCAAGCAGGGCUUGCCCUGGGGAGGACAAGUCAUCAAGAAUUUUGCUUACCAGCUUCUGCAAGGUCUGGCUGUGGCUCAUGCUGCCAACAUCACGCACCGUGAUGUCAAGGGCUCCAACAUCUUCGUCACCGACACGUGGCCUCCCGUGCUUCGCCUGGGGGACUUCGGCAGCGCCUUGACCACCCCGCCGGGCGAGGAGGUGAGAAAGCUUUAUGGCCUUGAGGGACCCAGUGAUGAUGAUGAAACCAGCGAGUACAAACCACCAGAAGCAGGACUCUUCGACGACUUGCUGCUCCAGCGAGUGGGGCUCAGGGGCGAUGGGCCUUGGCGCAAUCGGAGCUAUGACAUGUGGAGCUUGGGGGUGCUGCUCCUUGAGCUUAUACUUGGUACACGGGAUUUGUACCAUGUGGAUGAUCGCCGCUGGCUGAAGGAGGAGUUCCAGCUCCACAAGAAUGUCCCCGAAGAGCGUCGAGCACAAGGCACUGCCGGGUGGGGUGCACUCCUUGAACUCCUGGAGCAGGUGAGCCACGACAAUGCUCGGAUGCCGAGUUCGCGGAAAGGCUUCAAGUACAGGUACAAACGGGUCAAAGAUUCUGGUUGCUUUGACUGUUCCACGCGCCGCCAGGAUGCCGCUGGCGUUGGCUUGCCGAAUGCCGCCGGCCGCGACUUGCUUCGAAGGCUUCUAAGUUGGGAUCCCAAUGAACGGAUCCAGGCGCAGGAUGCCUUGAAGCAUCCCUGGUUUGAUGAUGGAGUGGACCUUCCUCCACUUCGAGUCUUCAAAUCUACAGCCAACGCAGCCUCUGGCAUCUCGCAGGUUGAUGAUGAGGAAGUGACCGAGACACCAGAGACCCUGGACGGUCAACUGAGCGACUGGAGUUGGAGUGAGGAGGAGGAUGCACCUGCUUUGGCCGUAUGGGAAGAUGAAGGCAGGCUGGGUACGUGGGCAUUUUCGAUGGCCAUGGUGGAGAUUGGACUGCCAGCUGGUUGGCACGAUCGCUCCAUCGACGCCUUCAACUGCGGGGGCCCAGGAGCAGCUGGAGUAUCGAAACUCGGAAGAGCAGCUGGGCACGGGCAGCACUGCUCUAGUGGUACUGUGGCUGAGCUUGAGAGCAACAUCUUGAACCAUUUGGAUCUUCACUUCAUUUGUGGAAAAAAGUCCGUUGACAAUGUGAAGAAGCCUUCUCCCAUCUUCGUAUUUGUCUUCCCCUAUUUAUGGCCUUAUGCCUAUGCCAACUCCCUUGUGUUGGAUUCGCGAUCAGAUGAGCUGCGUGGACAGCGGGGCACUGUGGUCGAGGCAGACUCUGGUCCCGGGCGCCCGCGCCGGGUCUUUUGCGUCGUGCGGUUGCUGCGAGAUGGCACCUUGAGGCAGUCCCUGCGCAUGCUGAGCGAGCUGCGGGCCGUACGUCUUACCAAGGAUCACAAGCCCGGUUCGCCAGAGGAGAAGCGUCGCAUCGAGGAGACGUGCCAAAAUGGUUUAUAG